AGCCUAGUUAUGACGUCCUCAGUGCCACCUCAAGAUCGUGCAAGGACAACUUAUCAAUAUUGUCUCUAGAUCUAUCUCACCGGUGCACAUCAUUAAAUUAAACGCGUUAUUAUUGACCUGCUGCCCAUGCAUAAAGAAACAUUGUAUGAUUUCUUCCCAUAAGGUUGUUUUUACUUGACCUCUGCCACUAACACUCCAGCAAAAUGCUGCGAGUAAAUAGAGUGGCCAUCAUGGCAGACAUUGGAAAUCAUGUUUGUAAACUGAGUGUUAGAUGCAGUCGUGGCUUGCGUUCAGCUGCUGGACAGUUGUGUCAGAAAGCCAAGGCGGAAGAAAAAACCAUUGCGGGUAUCCCUUACAAGAAUCUCUCGAUUGGUGUUCCCAAGGAACUUUAUACAAAUGAAAGAAGAGUUGCAAUAGUUCCAGCCACAGUACAGAAUCUGGUCAAAAAAGGUUUUACAGUAAAUGUUGAGGAAAAUGCAGGAAUAGGGGCCAAGUUUUUGAAUGAUGAUUAUGCUGCUUCAGGGGCUAAAGUAAACACCAAAAAAGAUGUGUAUAAUUCUGACAUCAUAUUAAAGGUGAGGGCACCAUUGCAAGAAGAAAUUGCCAACUUUCGUGAGAGGGGUACUUUGAUUUCAUUCCUUUAUCCAGCACAAAACAAAGAUCUUGUGGACCAACUUGCCAAGAAGCAGCUGACUGUGUUUGCUAUGGAUUGUGUCCCCCGUAUAUCAAGGGCGCAGGUCUUUGAUGCUUUGAGUUCCAUGGCAAAUAUUGCAGGCUACAAGGCUGUUGUGGAAGCUGCCAACAAUUUUGGCAGAUUUUUUACUGGUCAGAUCACUGCUGCUGGGAAAGUACCCCCUGCUAAAGUCCUUGUUAUCGGAGGUGGUGUUGCUGGUUUGUCUGCCAUUGGUACUGCUAAAAACAUGGGAGCCAUUGUUCGAGGGUUUGAUACAAGAGCAGCUGUCAAGGAGCAAGUCGAGUCAUUCGGUGCCGAGUUUUUGGAAGUCCAUGUCAAAGAAUCUGGUGAAGGUACUGGAGGCUAUGCUAAAGAAAUGUCUAAAGAAUUUUAUGAUGCUGAGAUGGCUCUUUUUGCCAAGCAGUGUAAGGAAAUAGACAUUCUCAUCUCCACUGCCCUCAUCCCUGGCAAACCUGCACCCAAGCUUAUUUCAAAGGCUAUGAUUGAGAGCAUGAAGCCAGGUUCAGUUGUUGUGGAUCUGGCUGCUGAGGCUGGAGGUAACAUUGAGACCACAAGGCCUGGAGAGCUGUAUGUUUAUAAGGAUGUCAUCCACAUUGGCUACACAGAUUUACCAUCCAGACUACCAACUCAAUCCUCUACACUCUAUUCUAAUAACAUCACCAAGUUACUUUUGUCUUUUGGGGAAAAGGAUCAUUACAAUAUCAAUUUGGAGGAUGAGGUGGUCAGAGGCUCCAUUAUUUUACAAGAAGGCAAACUUUUAUGGCCACCACCUGCUAAAGCUCCAGAGGUAGUAGCUGCCCCACCUGCCAAAGCUGUUGAGAAGGUGCCGCCACCUCCACCCAACUAUUUUGCGGAUACUCUUAAAGACUCUCUUAUGUACACUGCUGGUUUGGGUGGAACAUUAGGUCUAGGCAUGAUCUCACCAAAUUCUGCCUUCACAUCAAUGGUCAAUAUAUUUGGCUUGGCUGGCAUAGUAGGUUAUCAUACUGUGUGGGGUGUCACCCCAGCCUUACACUCCCCCUUGAUGUCAGUCACAAAUGCAAUCUCUGGUAUCACUGCUGUUGGAGGAUUGCUGCUCAUGGGCGGCGGAUACUAUCCUACAAAUACAUUGCAGACUCUAGCUGCACUGGCUGCAUUCAUCUCCUCCAUUAACAUUGGAGGUGGCUUUGUUGUAACCAAAAGAAUGUUGGACAUGUUCAAAAGACCAACUGACCCACCUGAGUACCAGUACCUUUAUGGUAUCCCAGCCGUUUCAUUCUUAGCUGGUUAUGGAUAUUGUGCUUCAACUGGUACCUACCCAGAUAUCCACCAGAUGGCCUACCUGGCAGCAUCGUUGUGUUGUGUUGGGGCUCUCACUGGCUUGUCAUCGCAGAAAACUAGCAGACUGGGUAAUACAUUGGGUAUCAUCGGUGUGACCAGUGGUGUUGCAGCUACUUUGGGUAUCUUGAAACCUACACCUGAACUGUUUACACAGAUGGCUACCUGCAUGGGUCUUGGUGGCUUGAUUGGUACGGUAAUGGCUAAGCGUUUGGAGGUGACUGACCUGCCCCAGAUGGUGGCCCUGUUCCACAGCCUGGUUGGUGCCGCUGCUGUGUUGACCUGCUUUUCCAACUACCUUCUGGAGCAACCUCAUUUUGCCACAGAUCCAGCAGCCAAUGUCAUCAAGACUUUCUUGUUUUUGGGUACCUUCAUUGGUGGUGUCACAUUCACUGGCUCCUUGAUUGCUUUUGGAAAACUGCAAGGUAUUCUGAAAUCUGACCCUCUCCUCCUGCCUGGCCGCAACCUCCUCAAUGCUGGCAUGCUGUUGGGCAAUGUUGGCGCCAUGGGAUACUACAUGACGUCUAACAGCCCAUCAGUUGGCUUGAGCAUGCUGGGAACUACCACUGCUUUGUCAAGUAUCAUGGGAAUUACUCUCACUGCUGCCAUUGGAGGUGCUGACAUGCCUGUGGUCAUCACUGUACUGAACUCUUACUCUGGAUGGGCUUUGUGUGCUGAGGGCUUUAUGCUGGACAACAAUCUGAUGACCAUUGUUGGUGCUCUCAUUGGAUCUUCUGGUGCCAUCCUUUCAUACAUCAUGUGCAAGGCUAUGAACAGAUCUCUGCCUAAUGUAAUUCUUGGUGGGUAUGGCACAAGCUCAACUGGCAAAGGCAAGCCCAUGGCCAUCACUGGCACUGCUACGGAAAUCUCAGUUGAUGGAACCAUUGACCUGAUUGAAGAAGCCAAAAAUAUCAUCAUUGUACCAGGUUAUGGUCUGUGUGUAGCAAAGGCUCAGUAUCCUAUUGCUGAAAUGGUUGAUCUACUCAGAAAGAAAGGCAAGAAUGUCAAGUUUGGAAUUCAUCCAGUUGCAGGUCGUAUGCCUGGACAGCUGAAUGUCCUGUUGGCUGAGGCUGGUGUACCCUAUGACAUUGUCCAAGAAAUGGAUGAACUGAAUCAUGAGUUCCCAGAGACUGACUUGGCUUUGGUUAUUGGUGCCAAUGACACAGUCAAUUCGGCUGCGGAGGAGGACCCCAACUCAAUCAUUGCUGGCAUGCCUGUACUGCGUGUAUGGCUUGCUAAACAGUGCAUUGUGAUGAAACGAACCCUUGGUGUUGGUUAUGCCGCUGUCGACAACCCAGUAUUUUUCAAGACCAACACAAACAUGCUCCUCGGAGACGCCAAGAAGACCUGUGAUGCCCUUCUUGCAGGCAUCAAACAAAGAGCAGAGUCCAGCUCAUAAUAGAUAUUUAUUUUUUAGAGUCAGCCAUCAUGCGUCUUCAACGUUUCUCCCUCAACAUGUUUUUCCCUUGUAGCUUAAAUAGAGGUAAGGACUUGACAUUUCGUGACAGGACGCGUUCUAUUACUAUUGGAAAUUUGUGUGACAAAGUCAUGUGAUCACCUCAAUAGUUGACUUAAACUAAUUUCUUUAUUCAUCGUAAAGAAAAAUUGCUGUGUAUAAAUCUGUUGUUUUCAAAGAAGAGUGUGAUAUUAAGAUGUUGUUGUACUGGUCAAUCACGUAAUCCCUGUUGUUUUGUAUGAGAUUCAGAACUUUGCCUUGCUGACGACAAAGUGCAGAGUGGUUAGAUGUUUAAUUAAAAGUAAUCUUUAACAGCUUAUAAUUGAGUGCUUGAGAUAGAUUAACUGCAUCUGUUGUAAAUCUCUUGUAGAUCUGGAUCUGAAAGAUAAUUGACUUCAAUUUUUAGUGUUUGAAUUUAUUGAAUUUCUUAGUUUCAGAUUUUUUAUAUAUUUUUUUUUUGCAUGAGAGAUGUCUCAGUAGGUUAGUAAGUAAAAGAUUCAGUUUGUAUUUUUUUGUUUUGUGUAUUUGAAUUUGAGAAACAUAAAGGUUAAUUGCCUUUAGGGUUGAUAGUUGUUCAUUUGAUAAUCUUUAGGAAAUUGUAAAGAUAUUUGCUCAUGUAUCUAAUAAAAAUAAUUCUAAAGUAACCUAGACAUUCAAUAUGAUUUGUGGUAACUAAUAAAGAUGUCUUCAAACUA